GUUCCGAAACCCGUUACCGCAAUGUCUGACAUAUGUGUGGCGAAGACGACCGCAGUUUUGGUGCCGUGAUCGUGAAAGAAAUUGUGCGUGAGUUGAGUCUAGGCACAGUGUAACCACGGAGGUGUCUGGACACGUCAGCUAAAUCUGCAGUGUGGGGAUGGAUUGACGGGCAUGAAUUUGUGAACGCAUUUGACCUGCCGGCACACGUUAAGCUGCAUCGGAAACAUGGAGUUCGCAAGGUCUGUUUUCGGAGGCAACUCCACAGAAGGAUACAGCCGAAAAAACACGGAAGUGGAGACGUUAUCCGAGGAUGAGGAGGACGUGCGUUGCGGCGAAAGUGACUGCGGUGGCGGAGAUUCUAUCAGCGCCAACCUAUUUGGCGGCGGCUCGGCCCAGGGCUACAGUCCGGCACCCGGAGGUCCGUUCUCGGCUCUCACUCCGUCCAUGUGGCCUCAAGACCUGCUGGCCUCGCUCGCCCAGCCUGAAGAUACUGGCUGCCACCAUGACUGCCGCUUUGAUGAGUUUGGAUUCAGGAUAGAAGACGAAGAUGGACCCGAACAGACGAGCCGCGGUGUUGACAGUGAGGAGCCAUUUCAGGAGAACGCCCAGCACAGGCUCCAGUGGAUCGCGUACCUGGAAUUCACCCACAACAAUGAAGUUGGAGACCUCACCUGGGACAAGGUGGAGCCACACCUGCCACACACGCCCAAACUGCAAGGCCUGCUGCACGAAGGUGGCAUUCCCCACUCGCUGCGGCCACAGCUGUGGAUGCACCUGUCGGGAGCAGCCCGUAAGAAGAGACAAGCUGGCCUCACCUACCGCGAGGUUGUUCGGGCCUCCGCAAAUGACCACCUGCUCACGUCCAAGCAGAUUGAGAAGGACCUUCUACGCACCAUGCCAAGCAACGCGUGCUUCUCGCACGCCACCAGCACGGGCAUUCCGCGUCUGCGGCGGGUGUUGCGGGGACUCGCCUGGCUUUACCCGGACAUCGGAUACUGCCAGGGCACGAGCAUGAUAGCGGCGAGCCUGCUGCUGUUCCUGGAAGAAGAAGACGCUUUCUGGAUGCUGUGCACCAUCGUAGAGGACAUCCUGCCGGCCUCCUACUACUCCAGCACUCUGGCCGGGGUGCAGGCUGACCAGCGCGUGCUCAGGGCCCUGGUGACCGCCUGCCUGCCAGACCUGGAUGCUCUGCUCAAGGAGCACGACAUUGAGCUGUCGCUCAUCACGUUGCACUGGUUCCUGACACUGUUUGCCAGCGUGGUGUCCAUGCAAGUGCUGCUACGCAUCUGGGACCUGUUCUUCUACGACGGCUCCAUCGUCCUCUUCCAGGUCCUCCUAGGAAUGCUCAGUUCAAAGGAGUCCGAGCUACGGUCGCUGGAGAAUUCGGCGCAGAUCUUCAACGCACUCUCGGACUUGCCCGGCUCCGUGCGUGACGCGGAGCAGCUGCUCGAGGCCAGCAAACAGGCGUCCCGCGAUGUGACGGAGGCUGCCAUCGAGGCCCUGCGACGCAAGCACCUGGCCUACCUGAUGGCCGACCAGGGGGCGCUUCUCAACCCAGAGCAUGCCCGGAACCUGCCCAAACAACACCUGACCCGCCGUCAAGUGAAGCGCUCCAAGUCUGUUCUCCAGCUGCUGCUCCAGGGAGAGGCGGGGGACUGCACCAAUCCGUCGGAGGAGGACGUGCGGCACAAGAACGUGCGGCAGACGGAGAUCCUCGUGGACUUGCGCGAGGCCAUCUUGCAGGUGGCCCGACACUUCCAGGCACUCGAUCCCAAGCUGCAGGUGGUCAGUGUUGCCCCCCACACACUGAGCCCGCUGUGCGUCAUCACGCUGAACUCCGACUACUCCAUGGAGAGCCACGCGCGCGACCACGAGAACUUCGCCAACGUGUCCCGGUCGCGCCACCGGCGCGCCAAGGCCCUGCUCAACUUUGAGCGGCAUGACGACGACGAGCUGGGUUUCCGCAAGAACGACAUCAUCACGAUCAUCAGUCAAAAGGACGAGCACUGCUGGAUCGGAGAGCUGAACGGCCUGCGAGGGUGGUUCCCAGCAAAGUUUGUGGAACUGCUAGACGAACGCAGCAAACAGUACUCCAGUGCAGGGGAUGACUCGGUGACAGAAGCCAUCACAGACCUAGUACGAGGGACGUUGUGUCCGACACUGAAGGCAGUUCUGGAAUAUGGAAUGAAGCGGUCCAGUCUUCUUGGCGGCACCUGCCAUCCGUGGCUCUUCAUUGAGGAGGUUGCCAACAAGGAGGUGGAGAAGGACUUCAACUCCGUCUAUUCUCGGCUCGUCCUCUGCAAGACCUACAGGUUGGACGAAGAUGGCAAAGUGCUCACGCCCGAGGAAGUGCUCUACAGGUCAGUUCAGGCUGUGAACAUGUCACAUGACCAGGCCCAUGCUCAGAUGGAUGUCAAGCUGCGCUCCCUGGUCUGCAUUGGCUUGAAUGAGCAGGUGCUGCACCUGUGGUUCGAGGUUCUCUGUUCGUGCUUGUCGGUGGUGCACAAGUGGUACCAGCCCUGGUCCUUCAUCAACAGCCCCGGCUGGGUGCAGAUCAAGUGCGAGCUCAGGCUCUUGUCCCAGUUUGCGUUUAACCUGAAUCCCAACUGGGAGCUGCCGACGCAGCGAGAGCCUUCACAACCGCUGCGCGAAGGCGUGCGCGACAUGCUCGUCAAGCACCACCUCUUCUCCUGGGACCUCUGACUCCCACGCGAAAGAGCUGAUCCAACGACACCAUCGACAGGCGUCUCCAUUCGGCUGGCGACGCCGCGACGCUGUGGAUGCGUGUGCCACUAGCGGCCGCAUUGGUACGAUCGUUUUCCGGCCCGCACAACUGUCACGGACACGUGGCACAACAAGUCGGCACAUCUGUCGUGUUGCUGACAGUAUUGCGUGUUGAUCUCCUACGCGCCAAAUAGACCCUUUUUUCCGAUUCAGUUAGCCUUCUCGGCAUCAUGUAUUUGCCCAGCUAACGAUUGUGGGUUGCAGGUUUCAGUGGCGGCAACGACAGCAUCGUACAUGAACGUGUCACUGUGUCCACAUAAAUGCAACUUUGAAGGUGCACCCGUCACACAGGCAUUUGUAUGUGAUGUUUUUCAAUAAUUUCUGCUCUCUUCAUUGAAGGCUUGUUCGUGAUUGGCUGUUUAUGAUAUGGCAAUUUGACCUUUCAUUGUGAUGGCUUGGCAUUGGCCAUUGUCGUAGGCUGCGGGGGUGUAGCAGUUACGAUGCUCUGCUGCUGACCUGAAAGUCACAAGCUUGAUCUCAGCCGGGGCGGUCACAUUUUGAUGGAGGCGAAAUUCU